AUGCUAAGAACUUCUCGAAGCUUCAAGCUACAUAGAAACUUACUAAGAGCUGUCACGGCCCGUCGCUUCCGCCACAAUGUCAUUGGAAUCGACUUGGGAACCACAAACUCUGCAGUGGCAGUGGUUGAAGGUCAAGAGGCCCGAAUUCUUGAGAAUGAAGAAGGUGGACGUACCACGCCUUCCGUGGUUGCAUUUGCAAAGGACUCCAAGACGUUAGUGGGUCUUGCUGCCAAACGUCAGGCGUUAGUGAAUUCCAAAAAUACUUUUUUCGCCACGAAAAGACUCAUGGGCCGGAGAUUCUCUGAUGAAGAAGUUCAAAGAGAUAUUCUCAACGUGCCUUAUUCGAUUGUGGAGAACGAUAACGGAGACGCAUGGGUGCAGACUGUUGAUGGCCAUAAGUACUCGCCCGCUCAAAUCGGAGGCUACAUACUCGAGAAAAUGAAGCAGAUCGCCGACUCGCAUCUACCUAGUAAGAUCGAGCAUGCAGUGGUGACAGUGCCCGCCUAUUUCAAUGAUUCCCAGCGUCAAGCCACCAAGAAUGCGGGAAAAUUCGCAGGCUUGAACGUUUUGAGAGUCAUAAACGAGCCUACAGCUGCUGCAUUGGCUUACGGUAUCGAUAAAAAGCAGAGCGACGGAGUGGUGGCAGUAUUUGAUUUCGGAGGCGGAACAUUCGACAUCUCCAUUCUUGAAAUCGAAGACUGCGUGUUUGAGGUACGUGCAACCAACGGAAACACCCAUCUUGGAGGCGAGGAUUUCGACAUUUUGCUCUUGAGACAUAUCAUUGAAGACUUCAAGAGAAAGACAGGCAUCGACCUCUCGGACAACAGAUUAGCAGUUCAGCGAAUCAGAGAAGCUGCCGAAAAGUGUAAGAUCGAGCUUUCUCAUGUCAAGGAGACGGAAAUCAACAUCCCGUUCAUUGUGGACGAUAAGCAUAUUAAGAUGGUUCUCACAGAAGAUGAACUAGACAAUAUGACGCUUCAUUUGAUCAACAAGACCAUUGAUCCUGUCAAGAGAUGCAUCCGUGAUGCUGAAUUGUCCAUCAAAGAUAUCGACGAGGUGAUAUUGGUGGGCGGAAUGACAAGAAUGCCCAAGAUUAGGAAGACUGUGGAAGAUUUAUUCAAGAAAAAGCCGAAUACUAGCGUGAACCCAGACGAGGCUGUUGCGCUCGGUGCUGCUAUCCAAGGAGCCGUUCUAUCUGGCCAGAUCAAGGAUGUUGUUCUUCUUGACGUGACUCCUUUGACGUUGGGUAUCGAAACAUACGGAGGUAUUUUCAGUCCACUUCUUCCCAGAAAUACACCUGUUCCAGUCAAAAAGGAGCAGGUGUUCUCGACUGCAGUAGAUGGCCAGACUGGUGUGGAGGUUCGUGUUUACCAAGGAGAAAGACCUAUGGUCAAAGAUAACAAGUUAAUUGCCAACUUCAAGUUGGCUAACAUUCCUUACGGAGCAAAGGGCACACCACAGAUUGCCGUUUCUUUUGACAUUGACGCAGAUGGUAUCAUCAAUGUCUCUGCAACAGAUAAGACACCAUACCCAAAAGAUUCUCCUCAUUAUGGUAAGCCAAACACCGUUUCUGUCCAAGUCUCCGGCCAGACAGGCAUUUCAGAGCAAGAGAUCAAGGAGAUCUUGGAGAAGAGCGCCUCCAACAAGGAGAAGGAUGCUGAGUAUAAGAAACACGUGGAGAACGCCACCAGAGUGGAUAUUCUAUGUUCAGAUGCAGAGAAUGCAGUUCUACAAUUUGGAGAAUUGAUGGAAGAAAGUGAGAAGAACGAAAUUAACAAACUCAUCAACCAAUUGAAGUCUAAGGUUGAAGAUGUGAGAGAAAAGGGCAUUUUGCACAAUGUGGCUCAAAUGACAGAAGAAGUAAACCGCCUCCAGGCUACUUGCAUGAGUGCUAUUCAGAAGGUUGCAAUUAAGCAGAAACAGUCGACAGACGCAUAA